GGGAGAGAAAGAGAGAGAGGAAGUGAGAGAAACCUUGAAGCUUUUCACGUUCCCCUCCCUCUCGUUCACGUGCACGAUGCCGGAACGAGGACUCGAACGCGAUGCGAUAGUGAGGUCCGCGAGGUCGAUCUCGCUUCCUGCCCUUCCGCAGAGUUCAUCAUCCGGUCCCGUUUAAGCUUCCCUAGGUGUCAGGUGAAGAUGUUGGCGAUCCUGCUCGCCUGCCUUCUCGUUCUCUUUGCCUUCCUCUACAGGAAAAUUUCCCACGACUUCGAUUACUUCUCGAAGCAGAGGAUCCCGACCGAGAAGCCCGUCCAUCACAUCGUGGGGAACCUCUGGAACUUCUGGAAGCAGGUCCCGCUCGUUCCCGACUUCAUUUUUCUCUCGAAAUGCCUUCCUGUUCUUCGUUCCUCAGGGGUUCUCGUCUACGAUUCCAGGUCGUUCGAGGGGAAUCGACCGGCGUGGAACAUCGCGGAUCCGGAUCUCAUCCGGGAAAUCGGAAUCAAAGAGUUCGAUCACUUCACCGAUCGAAGGAUCUUUUUCCCGCUCCGAGAUCCAACGUUGUCGAAGAUGUUGGUGCUGCUGAAAGGCGAGGAAUGGAAGAACGUGAGAUCCUCCGUUUCUCCCGUUUUCUCCUCCGGCAAAAUCAAAAAGAUGUCCCUGCUGAUGGAGUCGUGUGGAGAGGCCCUGGUGGAGCAGCUGCGGAAAGCCAUUCAGAAGUCUCAGGGCGUUGUCAACAUCAGAGAUCAGUUCGGAGCAUACACAUUGAACGUGAUCGCAACAUGUGCAUUUGGGACGAAACUGGAGAGCCUCGGGGAGGAGAACGACCCGUUCACGCGGAACGCCAGGAAAUUCCUCGCCGAUAAUCCCGUCGCUGGGACACCCUUCUUCAUCAUCCCUUUCGUGUUCCCGUCGUUGAUGAACGUGGGCUUGAACGUGAUGCCGAUGGCCCCCCUGUACUUCUUCCGCGAUCUGAUCCGGGACAUCAUGAAGCAGCGGAAAGCCGAGAGGAACGAACGAGGCGAUGCCCUCGACGCCAUGUUGGAGCAAGCGGAGAAGGAGAAGCAGGAAGGAGGUGCAGAAGCGCAGAUCGUGAUGACGGACGAUGUCAUCACGGCCCAAUCCAUUCUCUUCUUCGGAGCGGGAUUCGACACGACGGCUGCCAUGAUGACGUUUCUCACCUAUUCCCUUGCCCUUCACCCGGACAUCCAAGACCGAGUCCAUCAAGAGAUAGAGAAGAACAUCCAAGAACACGGCGGGAUCAACCACGAGAUGAUAAAUGCUUGUGUGUAUCUUGAGCAAGUGGUGCAAGAGACUCUCCGGUUGUAUCCUCCUAACAGUCGGCUGGAACGUGAAUGCACCAAGGAUUGCAUCAUAAAUGGGAUGGAAUUCAAGAAGGGGGAUUUCGUCUUCAUCCCCGUCAAUGCAGUCCAUAGUUCCCGCGAUUACUAUCCUGAUCCUGAGGUCUUCGAUCCGGAGCGGUUCUCGCCAGAGAAAAAGUCGAGCAUCGUGACGGGGGCCUUCAUCCCGUUCGGCAUAGGCCCUCGGAAUUGCAUCGGAAUGAGAUUUGCACUAGAGGAGGGGAAAUUGGCUCUGUGCCAUCUCAUCCAUUCCUUCCGCAUCCUCAAAUGUCCGGAAACUCCCUCGGCUGCCGGGAAAGAACGCACCUCCAUCGCUCAUAUCGCCUCUGAUGCCAUCAACGCCACCGACUCCAAAGAUGCUCUACGAAAGCUUUCUGGAAAAGCUUCGUUAUGGACUGAUCACUUGUGUGGAGAGGAUACAGCUUGCCUGAUGCCAUUUCUCCAAGUCCAAUCUGGCCGAAGACGAGUGGACCUUAUUUUCAGUCGGAAAGGGGUUCCUAUGGAGUGGGCAGCUGGGGUAUUCGGGACCGUUCCACACAAGAAGACUCCAGUGAAAGUGAAACUGGAAAGUCGACUUUGAUUCAGUCAAGUGGACUUCUUCGGAUCCCUUAUGGACUAGUGCAUCCAGAAGCACUCCGCCUUCCUUGGCAACGCCCUUUAAAUGAUGUGCUCAAUGUUCAAAGGUGCUCGAUGCUCUGCACUUUUCAGGCUUUUUUCAUGUAUGGUGAAUAAACUACUAAUGAC